AUGGCUGAAAGUGGAUUGGAGGAUCAAUAUGGUAGGAUCUCAUUAGGGAAUGAGGAAGAUGAAGGUUUGGAAUACAACGAUAAUGUACUAGAGGAAAUAACGAAUCGGAGUCUAACAAUGAUUGGUUGUUUUCUCACCGAAGUUUAUGAUGAUCCGGAUAAGGAGUUAGAGUAUGGAGCUUGGUUAAGGGCUCCGGGAAGAAGCUCUAUUAUGAUUAGUAAAAAAUGGCUCCGGAAUAGUAAAGGGGAGCUCCUAAACAAUGGAGGGUCAUCGGAAAAAAAAGGAAUACGAGUGGACGACAUUGGAAUGACAAAUGGUGAAAAUCAAAAGAUUAGGCAUGGUAAAUCAGGAGUUGAUGGAGGUGAUGGGGGUAGGAAUAAGAGAGAUUCGAAUAAGAGUGGUGGGAAAGUGGGACCUGGAAAGUAA